CAGGCCUCCACAAGUGGAAAAACAUUUAACCCCUGUACUUGUCACACUCUGGGUCCUCUCAGUGGCCAGAGAACAGAAAGAAAAUCUGACUGUGCACGAGCGAAGGGUAACACCGGGCGUGCAGCACCGACCUGAAGGCGCCUCUUCAGGGGGAGCCCCAAAUUUGAAGAUUCUCUUUCCUGUCGGAGACUCCAAACCAAAUAAAUAGGUUAGUGCCCAGAGUAAACCUAUGCAUUUUAAUUCCGACCUCUACUUGCUGUGAUUUUCAUUUUCCUGGCAGAGCUUAAAAAGAGUGAACUACUAAAUGAAAGAAAGGAAAGUUAUUUAAGGACUGUUACUUAAAAUUACUGGGAAUCCAUGAGAACACAUUAUGAAAUGGGCUUAAUGUAUUAUGCUCCUCUCCCAAUUUUGGCUGUAUUCGCACUAGACAAAUAGACAAGGUAAAGAUGGAAAAAUAAAACCGGUUUUGUGGCAUAAGUCCCAUCCUUUUGUAAUGCCACUUACUUAUGCCAAAAGGCCCUCCCUUCUUUAUUAAAAUCCGUAAUGUUGAAAGCUAAGUUUGUGAUUUUAGAAAAUGCUGUAAACGUAGCUCCAGAGUUUCAUUUCCUUAGGGAAAAUAGGCAAAUCAGAGUUGAAUUGUUUUUCCAACAAUGAGUAAAGAUAGAAUAUUUUCUUGUUUAUGAUAAAAUGUGUGGUGUAGGUUACUUUACAAAAGAAAUCUGCUACAGAAUUUAUUUUUUGUGUCUAGUACAAUUCUACCUAAAAGCUUCAUGAUUUCAGUCUAAGUAGCUCUAUAAGACUCUCCUCAUAGAUCCUUUUGAGAAAAGAUUUUAAAUAAAUCUAAUUUUAUUUGCAUAUAUUCUAUCUUAGCCAGAAAUUGAGCAGGAUUUAGCUCUGCGCUGUCUGUUUCAAAACCUGAAUAUUUAAUGUAUUGGUGAAAAGUGGUGGAAUUCCAAAGAACUCACUGAAAACAAGGCUUUGGGGCCCAGUGCUCAUGCUAACCACAUUCAUGAAAUGGACUCAAGUAGAAAGAGUGGUAAAUAAUAACCUCAUUUUGUUCAGUUCAAAAGAGAAUGUGAACCAUCCCUAAGCGUUUAUGUACAACCUUUCAUAAGGAAAGUGCACCGUUCUUAUUUAUCAUUAUGGCCCAACUUUUUGGCUACCUUUUGAAAUGCAAUGAGUGCUAACGAUGUACUUGGACCUCCACUAGAGAGACAUCUACAUGCAACCAAACCCACCAAAAGUGCCCCAUCAAUUACAUUCCCAUGAGGGCCUUGUUUGUCUCAUUUGUUCAUUCAAAUACAUAUUGACCAAUGGCUAUAUAAUCUAAAAAUAAUAUUUAACAGUUAAGGCAAGUUUAGGAUGUCUAAUAUUACUCUUCCCAGAGACUCCUGUCUUCCUGCUUUCUGCUAAACUGAGAUAAUGGUUAUCUGAAAGUUCCAAAUUAUAGAAACUAAGAAACACAAAAAGGAGAUAUAGCUGACUAGUUGCUGGCUUGAAUUUCCUUGAUAUACAGACAUACAGAUUUAUGCCCUAUUUUAAACAUUGCUUUUUACUUGUGUUUUGUCUUCUUGCUCUUCUAGAAAAAACUAUCCAAGAUGACUGUCACUUACUCCAGUAAAGUAGCAAAUGCAACUUUUUUUGGAUUUCAUAGGUUACUCUUCAAGUGGAGAGGCAGCAUCUACAAACUACUGUACAGGGAAUUUAUUGUUUUUGCUGUUCUUUAUACAGCAAUAAGUUUGGUGUACAGGUACUUUUCUUUGCAUGUCUCUUUAAAUGGCCAUCAGAUAUUGUAUAAGAAUACAGUCUCAAAAAUCUGAACCUUUUGAUCACCACUGACUUUGCGUUAUGUAACUCCUUUUUUGCAUGAGCCUCUCUUUUGUCUUCUUCCCCUCAGGACAGAUUUUAAUCCACCACUAACCAUUGUUAGGAUGUAAAAUAGACCCUCACUGUAAGAUUCAAGUGGCCUUCAUUCCAGCCCCAGUUGUGCCUCAAGACUGUUGCAAUAGGCAUAAAAUGGAAGAAUUACCCUUAGAUGCUUACUAUGUGAAGAUUUUUGAAUGGGCAAAGUCCACAGACAACAAUUAUUUGUGCUUCUGUCUACUUGUCAUUCAUAGUUGAUGAUUUGACAGCUUGUAGCAACUACCUAUAUAAUCAACAUGUUCAUGAUUGGUGUAUGUCAGGCAAAAGCUUUCCUUCUUUUUGCCUGGAAUGAAAAUAUCUUAUCCAGGAUGAUGCCUGCCACACUUAACAGUACCUCAACUAAAGCAAAGGCCUGUAGACUAAUUUAUUUUCUUUCCAUUUUCUGAGUUGAGGGCAUGUUAUGUUCACAAAAGGAGGUGCUUAUUCUUUAUAACAUUACAACAUAUGCCUGUGAGAUUGACAGGAAAUUUGAGCAAUAUCAAGUCCAAGAAAUACUUUGAUGAUGAAAAAUUAUAGACUUAAUAAAAUUUCAUCAGUAUGAUAAAAGGGAAAACUUAUGAGAUUUUAAAGCUUUUUAAAUUAACAUCGAAUGCAUAAAUUUCUUCUCUGGAAGAAGCUAAAACUUAAAACAGGAAAGCUAAAGGUUUUUGAGGCUGUAUUUCCAUUUUUUCUACGUACAUAGUUUGUUAUUUUUCUUCUGCAUACAGAUAAACAAAUUUGUGUUUCAUUGCUCUCACAUUCUUCCUUGUAGCAACAGAAUCUCCUUUGGAAAAGAGGGAUAUUAAUUUAGUUGACUGAUAAUUAUUAAAAGUAAAAUAGGUAGAGCUAUUUUUCCAUAUGUCAAAACAACCCUUCCAAGCAAGUGUAUGCAUUGGUAUAUAUUUUGACAAAAUAUUUUUAGAGGGAAAGUCUUGUUAACAACCUCUAAUAAUUUUUCAGACAUGUCAUAUAAUAUGAUAUUAUUUUGGCAAUUUAGGUGUGUAUCACCUAAGCCUUCAGAAUAUGAAAUGGUAGAAGAUACAAUGGUGUUUCGUGAUAAUUAUCUCAUUAGUUCAUUUUUACUAAUAUGAAUUUAUUGCUGCUACUGCUGCUAAGAAUAGAACAGAAUAGCCCUAAGGAUAGUUGCAGUGUAGCUAGAAAUGUUCCUUGGGGCCUCAACUUUUGUUCCAAUAUCAUACUUAUACCCCAUAAAAUGUUAUGCAUAUAUUUCUUCUAAAGCUGAGUGCUUACAUUUAUAACAAAAAUUAUCAGUUCAAGUCAUCCUUAAAUUUUUAAAGUUUAAUUGUAAUACCUUAUUAAAAUAGAUCCUUCUGUCUUAAUCAAAGGUAUACCAAGGACUGUAGGAUGAGUUUGUCAAGAAGGUCAAACAUAUCUGUAGAAAAAAAUAGAUGUAGUUUCAUUCUCUGAGUCUUUAUUAGCCCUAUUAUAAGUAAAUAAUUAUUCCUAACAAAAGUUAUAAGGAGGAACCAGAUUCAUUAAUUUGAUUACAUUUCUUUCUAUUUUUGGAGGAAUUUGACAAAUUUUCUGAAAUACUUUCUAGCUAUUAAAAUUUCUACAUCUAUUAGCCAAAUAUUUUUUCCUUGGCCAACUACUAAUAGCAACCAUUUCAUUAUUAACUAAGUAUGAGGCAAUUUGUUAAAUGGUUAUAUAUAUGUGUAUAUAUAUUAUUUAAUCUUUACAAUAAUCCAUAUAUGGAUAUUUUUAUCCCCACUUACAGAUGAGAAAACUGAGACUCAGAGAGAUGUAAAAAUAUGCUCAAAGUCCAAAUUCAUAAGUGUCAGACUUGGGAUUAAAAUCUGGCUUUGUCUGACCUUAAGAAAGGUCUAUGCUUUCCACAUUUAAAUCCUCUUUGACCAUGUCUGUUUGAACAUCAGAAACCAUUCUGGCUGUAAUUUUUCAUCAGCAUAACCCUGAUAGACCUCUGCAACAAUCUGGUACCUCUCCUGUCAGCUUUCCCUGACUUCAGUAAUUCUAACACCUCUUCCAAAGCUGGGGCAGGAACUCCGAACUCACCUUGUACCCCACACCUUCUUUGUCAGGACCAGUUCCCAACAGCUUUCUAUCUGCAAUCUAAUUAGUUGCUUACUAUUAUCUUAUUAUCCCUUUGCUUCCUUUAUCAAAGUUCUACUGACCCAAAUGAGCCUUUGAUGCUUGUUAUAAUGGAUCUUUCCUUGAGUUCCUUCUUCCUUUGGAACAGCUACACUUGUCGAUUUAUUCAAAUUCAUCUGUUUGGCUUUCCUUCCUGUAUUUUGAUCAUUAUUAUUAGUUCACCUUAAAACAUUUCUUCAGACUCUGAAUCUCUUCCCUAUAAUGUAAAUAUCAAUAAUGGUCUCAUUAAGUGCACUUAUAUUUAACGAUACCAGAAAAUGGGGUUUGGGCAGGAUGGGUUAGAUCUAUAAUAUAAAUUUUGAGAGAGUGACUCAAUUUAAUAAUGAAAGUUUUCAUUUUUCAUUGUUAAAUUUGUUUUAGACUCCAAACAAUUCUGGGCUUUAAAAUGAACAGGUAUAAUAAAAUCCCUUGAAGUAUAACACAUGAUAAUCAAGAAUGUGCUAAGUAGCAUAUUCAGGGGAAGGAUCAAGGUGUCAAAUUCAGUGUUAUUAUUGAAUAAUUACUUAAUAAUGCUAAUUCAUAUUUAAUCAAUAAUACACUCUUCUUAAGGUAUUCCUGAUGAAUAAUUGAAAACUGAACUAUUUUGUAACAUACCUUGCUCUAAAUCCAAUGAAUCAAUCAUAUAAAACUUUUAAAAUAUAAAAUUUUUAGAAUAAAAUGAUUAAUUAAUCCCACUAUUUAAUAGCCAAUCAUGUUUACAAAAUGUUAGCACUUGAAACAUUAAGCAAUUGAAAAGUUUUCAAGACACAUCAGCUUAAGAAAAAAGGAAAAAAUUAUUGCUCCUUCAAAAAUAAAACAGAUUAUUUGUGCUUAAUUGUUUGCACUUAAUGUCACUUGCAAAGCAGGUGCAGAAGUAUAAUAUCAUAAAGGGCUGUGCAUUUUAUUUUUGCUCCAGAUUGUUACUUACAGGAGCCCAAAAACGUUACUUUGAAAAAUUAUCAAUUUACUGUGACAGAUAUGCUGAACAAAUUCCAGUAACCUUUGUGCUUGGUAAGUAUAGGUCACACGCAGAUUGCAGCCACACAGCUGUCUCCAUUACGAUGACACCGAUGACUCUGCAUGGGAAUGUUUCCAAGCUGAGAGGCAUGCCUGAAAAGCCACCGCUUGCAGUAGAACCAGAAUCAUCCAUAAGGUUUGCUUUCACGGCUGCUUUUGCUAAAUUAACGCCAAACAAGUUUGAGGAAAUAAUCUGCUAUUGGACAUUUAAGCUUUCUCUUCACUAACUCUCCAUUUUUGCAGUCAAUAUUUGAGAUCUAAUACCCACUUACAGGGUGCUUAGGCAUUGCCAGGCACAAAUGACAUUUUUUUCUGGAAGGCAAAAUCAGAAGAUAUGGAUAAUAACAUAUUUUUGUCCUCCAACCUCUAAAAAGGCUAAAAUUCAGCUAAAAGCAUCAGUGUCACCAACGUGUCUGCUGUAAGAAACUGCUUUAUAAUUUCCUGUUAUUCUACAGGGUUUUAUGUUACUCUGGUAGUAAACCGAUGGUGGAACCAGUUUGUGAAUUUGCCCUGGCCAGACAGGCUAAUGUUCCUCAUCUCCAGCAGUGUUCAUGGAAGCGACGAGCACGGGCGCCUGCUUAGAAGGACGCUGAUGCGUUACGUCAAUCUCACCUCCCUGCUCAUCUUUCGCUCGGUGAGCACUGCUGUGUACAAAAGGUUUCCAACAAUGGACCACGUGGUUGAAGCAGGUUUUAUGACAGCAGAUGAAAGGAAAUUAUUCAACCACCUCAAGUCUCCUCAUCUGAAAUACUGGGUUCCAUUCAUCUGGUUUGGAAACCUUGCAACUAAAGCCCGGAAUGAAGGUAGAAUCAGAGACAGUGUUGAUCUGCAAUCAUUGAUGACUGAAAUGAAUCGAUACCGCUCUUGGUGCAGCCUCUUAUUCGGUUAUGACUGGGUUGGGAUUCCGCUGGUUUACACCCAGGUAGCAGAGCAGCUUAUCAACCCUUUUGGAGAAGAUGAUGAUGAUUUCGAAACUAACUGGUGCAUUGACAGAAAUUUGCAGGUCUCUCUUUUAGCUGUGGACGAAAUGCACAUGAGCUUACCCAAGAUGAAGAAGGACAUUUAUUGGGAUGAUUCUGCUGCUCGUCCACCAUACACACUGGCAGCUGCUGACUACUGCAUACCCUCAUUUCUGGGGUCAACAGUCCAGAUGGGGCUGUCUGGGUCCGACUUUCCUGACGAGGAGUGGCUGUGGAAUUAUGAGAAGCAUGGCCACCGGCAUUCCAUGAUAAGAAGAGUCAAGCGGUUCCUGAGUGCCCACGAACACCCCUCCAGUCCCAGAAGAAGAAGCUAUAGAAGGCAGACAAGUGACAGCUCCAUGUUCUUACCCCGAGAUGACCUCAGCCCAGCCAGGGAUCUACUGGAUGUGCCCUUAAGAAACCCCCACAGGGCCUCACCCACCUGGAAGAAAUCCUCCUUCCCAGAAGGAAGCCCCACGCUGCGCUCCAGCAUCGGAGAGCUGUCCACCAUCAGGGAGACCAGCCAGACAAGCACUUUACAGAGCCUGACCCCACAGUCCAGUGUGAGAACCUCGCCCAUCAAAAUGCCACUGGUGCCCGAAGUACUGAUCACAGCGGCCGAAGCUCCGGUGCCCACUUCAGACAGCUACCACCAUGACUCCGCUACCUCCAUCUUGAGCUCUGAGUUUACAGGGGUUCAGCCAAGCAAGACUGAGCAGCAGCAGGGCCCCAUGGGAUCCAUCCUGUCUCCUUCAGAGAAGGAAACACCUCCCAGAGGCCCCGGUCUCCAGACUGUUUCAGCCAGUGCUGAGGAAAAUAUAUUCAACUGUGAAGAAGACCCUGGUGAUACCUUUCUAAAAAGGUGGAGCUUUCCAGGAUUCCUGGAGUCCAGCCACACUUCCCUAGGAAACCUAAGUCCAGACCCCAUGAGUUCUCAGCCAGCUCUUUUAAUUGACACAGAAACAUCCUCAGAGGUCAGUGGGAUCAACAUUGUGGCUGGCUCUCGAGUCUCUCCUGAUAUGCUGUAUUUAAUGGAAAACCUGGACACUAAGGAAACAGAUAUCAUAGAGCUAAACAACAGGGAAACUGAGGAAUCACCCAAAUGAGUGCCACAAAGUUCUAGGACCUGGUUCUGGCCUAGAUUCUUAUCUCCCCAAAAGCAGCAUUAGUCCCAGGACAUACCUGAAGGCUGGUUAACUUUUUAAAAACAUGAUCACACGAUAUAAGCUACUUAGAACUUUGAAGGGCAUUAUGAUCCUGACUUUUUGAGAACUGCGAAAAAUCAAAUGCAUUCACGUCAUCCAUCACAACAUGGCUGUCACUGGAAGUUACACAGACUACAGUGAUAAAUAAGUCUUAACCAAAUAAGGAAUCUGAAAAAUAUACACGACUUACAAAUUCAUAGAUUAUUAGCUGUGGAAAGAGUCUCAUAAAUCAUAGUCCAAUCCCCUAGACCUAAAGGCCCAGACACAUAGGGUUCUCUAUUUCUCUUCUUUUUUCUCUUUCUUCUUCUCUUUAGCCAUAAAGAAAGGAGAUGGAUCACACAAUGCCUGAAAGACCCCCUCCUUCCUAACUUUUCGUUCGAGGCUUUCUAACCAUCUCAUUCCUACUUUCCGAUAACUAGUAUUGUUAUUAUCACUUCCUGAUUCUUAAGCUUCAUCAGCACCAGAACACUUCAUUCUCUUCAAUUUCCUUUUCUACUUUUGUCUCUUUCCCCUUUAUUCUGUCAUCCUUUUUUCCCCUUCCCUUCUCUCUGGUUGUGCUGCUUUUCUAGUGACUCUAAUCUGUCCCAUUUUUCAGGUUAUAAUAUUUCCUCUUGCCAAAUCUGUUGCUUACAUCUUGCCAUGAAUUUCAAAAUAUAAGACAUUGGCAAAGCCUCCUACAGAAUCAUCAAAGGUGUCAACGAAUCCAGCCUGAUACCCUUCUAGCCUCACUUCCAGUGGAAGGCCUAUAGGAGUGAUGGUUCCCCCCAUGCCCUUGCAGCCAUUGCCAUUUCUUUCUGCUUCCACUCUUUGGUCUUGGGCACUGGAGAAAAAUGAAGCCAAGAGAAUAUGAAAUUUGCAUAGCCAAAUGCUAUGGAACCAAAGAAUAAGAUGACUCACUCACGUCUGUUUAACUUGAACUCUUAUGCAAAAAUCCCAAUCGUGUUGCAACGUGGGACCAGUUACUGUGUCUAUCGGGUCAUUUGGGAAUGAGGUAGGAUACUGGGCUGGGUGGCUAAUGGGGUCCAGGGCUGCAUAACGGGGACCGGAUGUUGGUACUCCUCCCAGGGAGCUCUCAGGACGGCUGUUUGUCGUGAGCUCCCAGGUGCCUAGGCCAUGCCUUACGACUGCUGCACUUACCAUUUGUCAUAUGAUGACACUUGACUUCAUAUGGCUUUAGAAAUAAAAUCACCCUCAUAACUACCAUUUAUUGAGUGCUCACAGUGUUCCAGGCAGCAGCGAAUCUCAUGAGACUGAUACACUGGUAUUUCCAUUUUAAAGGCAAGAGAAACAGGCUUUAGAGAAGUAAGGUAUUUGCCUAAAAUCACAUAGCCAAGAAGUGACAGUGUUCACAUUCAAACCCAGGUUUAUCUGACUCAAGAGCCCACACUGUUAACCUGUAUGCUUUCUCACUGUCCUAUGCUAUCUGUAAGGCCCUGAAUCUGCCAGCAAUUUGCCCAGCAUUCUGGAGGAUGCUCCAAGGGAGGCAUGCCCAAAGAGAUUUAGGUUCAGGCUGAAUCUCUCCAGCCUCAAGGGCCUCUCUGGGUCCUCCCCGCUCAAGUCUACCUGGGUCUUUUAUGCACUCAUAGAGAAGGGCAUUGCUCCAGCUUGGAGUACCAGCCAUAGUCCUCUUUAUUUUUCAUGACAGAAGAAAGUUGGCAGGACCCUCCUUCCCUUCGCCAACUCCUCCUGAUACACAAUGUUAAAAUUGGCACAUUUUCACAUGACCUCAUAUCUCCCAGGCCUCCAAGCUGCAUGACAGCAAUGACACUGACUUUAACUUUUCUCAAAGGAUUGAAAAGAAAUAAUAUUAGAGGAAAUGCUACACACCUUGAUGGUUCUCUAUGUUGGUUGGUAGUGUUAGCACCUGGGAAAGCACCAUUAUUCCCAAAGCACUACGCAUAGACUAUGGGAUCAAGAGCCAAUAUAACACUUCAAGAAGGCAGGACCCCUAACCUUCUCCCAGUCACCGCGCUCUUAAUGCUAUUUUAUUGGAUGUUUCAAUUUCAGUCUGUCUAUUCUCUUCUCUUUGGUUCUAUCUGUUGCUCAAAUUCAAGUAA